AUGUCGUUGAAACCCUUUCAGAUCAGGGACCUGCAUGAAGGCAUUUCUGGUGGAGCAGAAGGGAAGCUAGUUGGAUUUUCUUCUGCUCCAGGCAUCGUGCAGAUCUCAGCUUCUGAGUACGAUAACCUCGCCGAUAGCCACCCACGCGCGAGACUAACCUACCUGGAUGAGGACGAUGGCGAUCAGAUAACGGUAGGCUAUACGUGUUUAAUAUUUACUUGCGGGAAGAUGUCUGACUUUGGCUUUUUCAAUAGGUUGGAUCUUCACUCGAGCUCUCCCAGCGCCUUGAUGAAGCCCUGGGGGCCGAACCCCCCAUUGGUGCCAACCGAAUCCUCCGAGGAUAGCCCAAGUCCUAUGCACAUAUUCGACAUUCGUCGGUCCAACUCGGUAACUGAGCUAUGGAAGAAGUAUGAAAUCAAGGGUUCUCGACCCCAAGCUUCUGAAAGUGUCGAUACAUCUAGCAAUAUCGAACCUAUCCCACAUGUGACUGCCACCUCGACCCCUGGUGAUGAAAGUCAGCCUCUGCUAGCUGCUUUCGAGGCAGAGUUAGCUAAUAUACUCAACGCUGCCGAAGAUUCCUCUGAGAUAAGGACUCAACGUUCUGAUCCCGAGCCUGCUCCAGAGCAAUCGACGACGGGUGAACAAAGAACUCCCCAUCCCGCGGAGCUUCUUGCAGCUCAGAUUUUACAUCAUCUGGUCCAUGGUGCCAACAUAGUCCAAUCUGAACUCCGGUCAAGAUGGCCUGAUCUACAACGUCAACUGCACGAGGCCCAGCGAAACAUCCCUGAGAAUGUUAUCCCAUCCUUGCAGUCAAUGCUAGCCACCAUUGAAACGCACAUGAGAACUGCAUACAAUAACAUCCCUAACAGCAGCCGACAAUGGGCUGAGAACACCUACAAUGCUGGAAGGCCCGUAGCAGAGAAUGCAGCUGAAAAUCUGCGCACCAUGGCUUCAGAUUUCAACCAAAUUGGGCGAACUUUGUUUGCGGCCUUUGAAAGCGAGUUAAGUCGAUUUAGCUUGCAAGAGAUGAACGCAGCAACUGAAGGAGCAGCUCCUACGGCUCCUGUUUCGAGUACUUCAACAGGGCCAGCGAGUGAGCCUGCGUCGUCUCAUAGCGGUCAACCGUCUGAACAUCAAGCUAGCAACACCACCGGCCAGGACAUGAAAUCUGAAUUCCCUGGUCCUGGUCAGCCAACAGCUUGUGAUCGUGUCAAUCAUGAUUCGGCGUCGAAUGCCGCCCCUGAUCACCGUGAUCUGCCGAAUCAAAACGAUUCACCCUAUUCACUCCGCACUGAUCCCUCUCAUCAUUUUAAUAAUCGUUUCUCUCGGCCAUAUCCACCGCCCCCGCCGCCACCGCCUGUCGGGCCUGCCGGGUUCUUCACCAGCCAUCCUCCAGCACCUCACUACCAGCCGCCCUGGAGCUUUACCCCACGGCCUUAUGGAGAUCCGAGACAUUAUGGUACUGGACACUUUGGUCAUGGGCCUCCACAUCCAGGUCCUGCGCACGCAGCAGCACAGCCGCCUGCGUUUUAUCCCUUUUCUAGUGGUGCAUGGCCUCCCAGAGCCCCUUGGUACUCCCCACCUGAGUGGAACUGGCAACAUAAACCCGGGGCCAAGACUGGUAGUGAGGCUAGUCUUGUAUCCGAGGCCGACGCUCGAAACAAGACGUUGUUCAUUGGUAACGUCGGGUUCCGCGUGACAGAAAAAACGAUCCGCGAUGUUUUUGCAGCCAAGGGUUUCAUUGUUGAUGUUGAUCUCCCCAUGGAUUCCGUUUCUGGAAAACAUGCAGGCUUCGGUUACUUGAAAUUCCCGUCGUUUGAUGCAGCUAUAGCUGGCAUGCAAUCAUUACAAGGUGCUCAUAUUGAUGGACACGCGAUAAACCUGGAAUUCAGUCACUCCGUACCUAGUCAGGGUAUCGGCCACCCUCAGCCUAGAGACACUGCGAAUCAAAGCCCAAACGAAACUCAGGAUGCAAACGACAUCUCGAGUGCGAAGGCGCCAACCUCGUCUGAUGCGGAGCUGAAAAAGACUCCUUCAAUCAGACGCAGGAAAUCCGUGAGUUUCCGGGAGCCUGCCAAAUCUGAAGGCAACGCUAUUCCUCACCCAUUGGAGUCUUUGAAGACAGAGUCCGAAUCUGCUGGUUUUACUCCAGCCUUCGAUGCUUCGAUAGAAAAUAGGAGCACCCACUCCACGUUCGUUUACUCUCCCUAUACUAGAAGGCCGUGCCAGCCUCAGUCCCGACGCACAGAUGAGCCGGUUCCCACCCGUCUCUCAAUUCGAAGCACAAGUCCUGGCAGAUCAACAAGCGCGCCGUCCAUCUGGCUCUGGUAA